CUGGCGUGAUGCAGGCCUGGCAGGCUUUGUUGACCCAAGGCAUCCCUUCAUAACCACAUUAUUGCCUACUGGAGACUCCAACAGAACAGAAGGGAACUGUCAGGAAGCAAAGAUGAUCUCCUUCAAGCAACUGUCCCUCGAAGCAAAGGCUGCAGUGGCUGCAGGAGUGUUUUUUUUCUUCAUGAUGCUAUCGCGGAGCUACCUGGCAGAACAACUGGAGCUCAAGACACGACGUUGGCUUCUCAGGUUGCAGAUGGCACUAUUUGUUAAUGCACUCAUGUUGAUAGGAUCUCGUCAUGUAUGGAGAAGCACAGUCACCAUGUUCUCCAGGUCGUCAGCUGCUAGCUCUUUCUGUUUCAUGCCAUGGAGAAUAGCUGUGUUGAUGUUUCUAGCUUUGGCACAUUCAAGUUUCUUUACAUUGCUGUUUCUUGUUGCAGAAGAGCCCUAUUUCUUUUCUUUAGCUGCCUACACUUGCCUAGGGGCCUAUAUCAUUCUUAUCUUCUUUCUCUUUGCCCUAGGGUCUGUAGAGCAGGCUUAUAAGUUCUUGGCUGAGAGAGGUGCUAAGGCAGGCAGUGGCAAUAAGAAUAGCAGAACAGCGAUGAAGCCAGUUUUGGCAGUCAUGCUGACAUUUGUGCUGACUAUUGUUGGGCUGUUAAAUGCUUCCCAGCCUCCAACUGUGAAUUCAGUGGAGGUUCCUGUUCACAAGCUGCCAUCAACAAUGAAUAAUCUGAAAGUGGUAUUGCUUUCGGAUAUCCAUCUUGGGCCUACAGUUGGGAAGACCAAGCUUGCCAUGAUUGUGAGAAUGGUUAAGGCUUUGAAACCGGAUAUCACAGUGAUUGUUGGGGAUCUGACUGACUCUGAGGCAGAUAUCAUACGACCUGCUGUUGAGCCUCUUAGAGAACUUAAUUCCCCUUUAGGGACUUACUUUGUCACAGGAAACCAUGAGUACUACACAUCAGAUGUUGGAAACUGGUUUGAACUGUUGAAAUCAUUUAACAUUCAGCCACUCCACAAUGAGAACGUGAAGAUCGUUUCACCAAAGAGUACUGAUGACUGGUUCUGCCUCGCUGGUGUUGAUGAUAUUGAGGCAGAUGUAUUACGCUACUCAGGGCAUGGCAUGGAUUUGAAAAAAGCUCUCAGUGAUUGUAACAGUGAGCGUGCAAUAGUGCUGUUAGCUCAUCAGCCAGUUGCUGCAAAGUGGGCCCUUCAAGAGAGACCAGACAUAAAUUUAAUCCUCUCUGGCCAUACUCAUGGAGGGCAGAUGUUCCCGCUGAAUGCUGGGGCUUAUUUUCUGAAUCCCUUCUUUGUUGGCUUGUACAAAGUCGGGCAGAACACCUUUGUGUAUGUCAGCCCAGGGACGAUGUACUUUGGAAUACCCAUGAGGUUGGGCAGCAGAGCUGAAAUAACAGAGAUAAUUCUGCGUUCUCCUUGAGGAGUCUCCCAGUUGACAGACUUCUGCCAUCUUUGUUGGUCAGUAUAUUGGCUCUUUUGCUCUGGAAGCAAAUCCUUUUUCAGGGAAGUCGGAGAAGAUGCGUUAGGGUGGACGCAUCCAGCAGCUUCUGUUAAGUUUGAGGAGAAAAUACUAACUUUAUUAGGCCUAUUCAACAAAUCAGGGGAAUGUUGAAAUGCUGAAGAAAUUAAUUCUUUGAGUUAAUUACUAUUGAGGUUCUGCAUUUAAAGAUAACACUGAUGUCAUGGAGAUAAUGUCUGUACUGUGCAUGUUUAGUAAUAUCUGUGUCUUGUGGCUAGUUCAUAUUCUACCAUUUACCUUAUGUGUUAGGCAGCUGCCCCUUACUAGAUGUCAGACAGGUGAAGUUCUGACUUCUUGUGUUGAAAUUACACAUGCAUGUUUUGUGGAGGGCACUAGAGUGCCUGUGGAGUAUGUAAACUCUAGAAGCCUUAUGCUAAAAGUGUUAGUGGGAGAGAACAUAUUUUUUUGACUGAGGCAGGUAUCCUUAGACCAUCUGUUCCACUAUCUGUAGCAUGCAGUGGGGCUUCCAGUCUGAGUGGCUUACCAAUAAAAUAAGGUACCAGGUAGCUGUGUGCCACAGUUCUUGAGAUUUGGUUUUUUUCCAGCCAAAAACCUGGGGAGACUGGUGUUAAAGGGCGGAAGUAGCUGUCUUUCUUCAGGCCAUUCCCCCAGAAUAAUUGGGCACCUAGUAAUUAUGCAAUGACAUUUGCCCUAAUAAAAGCAUAUGAAGAACAAAGCCUUAAUUAACAGAAAUUCUAUUGCUGUCUGAGCGUUCAGUACCUCUUUGUUGCAAAGCAGAGAAUCCAAAGGUGAAAUAUAGAGCCUCUUUUCUCCCUAUUCUGUAUUUUUUUUGUUUAUGCUUAAUUUCUCUUUUCUGUGACUUUUCUCUUAGAAGAGUAAGGAGACCACUGGAAAAUGAUGCAAAUGAUGUUCAAUAUGUUAAUACUUGAAACUUUGAAUUUCUUUUAAGGUUUUUAUAUUUCAAGUAAUUGGUGUCCUUUUUAAGAAAACUAAGCUUCGCAGAAGGUAACUUUCCUUAAUAGUAUUUGCAUAUCGACAUCCAGGUUCUGUGAUAUACACGCAACAGAACAACUAUUACAGGAUAAUGAGGAAUGGGGAAUUUCUCUGACUUUCCUAGAAGAGUCUAACAUAAAUUAAUAUAGAUCUGGGAAAUUUGAUAGACUUAAAAAAAAAAAUAAAUAAAUAAAAACUUUCUUGCUUUCCUAGCUUUAUGUUCUUGUUAGAGAACCAGAAUGCAAAUUAAUGAGCAGGUGUUAUCCAGGAUGAUGAAAUAGUUUGCUUUACUUCCUCCUCCCUCCCACCUCAACAUAGCAAUAUGAAAUGUCACAGACAACACAAGCCUGGAAGUCCUGCCCCUGCCUCUGUCCCUGGGGCAUGCAGCUGCAGCCGCAGGGGCUUGCGCUCUGCCCUCCUGCCCCCUGGUACCGGCGUUCCUCUCAAGUGGAGCUGAGUGGCAUGGGGCGAGAGUUUAGUGCUUAUCCAGGAGCCCGAGCACAGCAAGACCAAAGCUGGGGUGUUCAGUCUUCUCCUGCCUUCUGGUGUGACUCUGAACCAGAUACUUCUCUUCUAUUGUUCAGCUGCUCUUGUCAUUUUGCUGGGGGUGGGGGGGGUACCACCAUAGGCUUUAUGAAGGUCUGUUUUUCCGGUAAGUGAAAUUCUGAAGUUUCAUUUCAUCCACUGCCUUCAGCCCUGCAAGCCUGAAUUUCUACCCACUAAACUAUUUUUGUAUCCUGCUGCUGUGUAAGAACAUUUCAUUUUUGCUCAGAGGAAUAUUGAGAAAAGCAUACUAGCAAAUAUAGUAUGUUCUUUGGAAGACUGGUCAAAAAGCUGGGGAAGUCAGCCUUUUAGUCUGAAAAUUUAACAUUUGAGCAGCCAGGCUGUUUACUUGCUGGACUAAAUUAUUUCUGUUUCACAGUAUUUAUAAUUUUGUAAACUGUUUUUAUGCUUUUGCAAGAAUAUCUGCUUGACUACCCUACAGUUUCCACGUGUAUUUAACACUGCUCCUUGUCUUUGUGGGGAGUGCUUUUGGCUGCUUUUACCAUCAGUGACUUAAGGAUGUCAAAUGGGCUGAUGGAGGGAGAGGUUUGAUAUCCUGUGGCCUCUCUUUUUCUUAUCAAAAUGCCUGCUAUUAAAAGCUGUGUUCCAGAUUUAGUAGAGCAGAGUGUUCCCUCUAGGCCAGUAGUCCAGGAAGGUAUUUUGCAUUUGUUACAUGUAGCCUGCUUAUCACAGUAAUAACCCCAGUUGUUCAGCUAGGUUUGUUUUUUUUUUUUUUUUUUUUUUAAUCAGGAGGCUUUUAUUGGGACCAGCUGUAGAUAGUCUUAAUUUCCUGAUGAGCUGCUAGUAUGAUUUCCAUUCCCUCCUUUCAUUUUUCUCUCCUCGUUCUGUUCAAAUGUGUGCAAAAGCCUAGCAAGAAGUGGUCCUCCCCCUGCCCUCACAAAUGCACAGGUGACCUCUGCAUUGCUUUGUGUGUGCGUGUUCUUCUUUGAAGCUCUUUGUGUAAGCUCUCAGGAGCAGAGGUGGUCAUGUAAUCAUUUCUUAAGUUUAUUGACUUCUCCCAGUGUAAUAUGUUGUUGUUGUUUUAGCUCCCCCAAAAGCUAGCUUGCUCGAUGAUUAGUUACCACUUAAAAUGUUUUCUUUUUGUGCCAAAACAUUAUUUCAAAGCCUUUUUUUUGUAAGUAUAAAUGGGAAAAUAUGCUAUAUCAACCUUUCUUUUGAUAGUAAGGGGAAAUUAAUCUUUUCUGAAAUCUAAGACAGCAAUCCCUAAUUGUCUUUUGAAGUCUUUUUCUGUACUUGUUCCAGUUUGACUCGGAUGUGUAUGAUUUAGACCUGUGUUCAGUAUUCCAGAUGAAAGAAUUUGCUGUGCUGCUUAUUUUGUAAUUUUUCAGUUUUUUUGUGUGGAAUGUGUAUGCUCUGGAGAACUUAACCAAAAGAAUAUAUAUUUCUUCCUACCACAAGGCCAGUUCAUUUUGGGGGGUGCUAAGCACUGUCUGAAUAAUAUCAAAAUAGAAUAAUCACUUGUGAAAGUUACAUUUAUUACAGUAUAUGAUCAGUGGAGAAUGGAUUUGAAAAUGUGUUAAUUGUGGUAUAACAAAUGCUUUUAAAAUUGGGAUUUAAUAAAACUUUAUUCACUUGUCAAGAAA